AUGGGGCAAAGCGUUAGAUGUGCUACAGAUCCUUGGCUUCUGGGAAACACUACUUUUACUCCUUACCACUAUGGAGGGGAUCCCCUUUUCACGGUGGCUCAUUACAUUACCAAUGAUAGACAAUGGGAUUUAAGGAUUCUGGAAGAUCAUUUUGGGAAUAUUAAUGAUAUUGAACGCAUUCUUUCCAUACCGCUUGCUCCCACUCCUAGAGAGGACACGCUCAUCUGGCGCCACUCAGACACAAGCUAUUACACAAUGAAAUCGGGCUACCACUUAGCGGCAAGUUUGGAAUCUAUGGAGGCUGAUUCCCCUUCAUCAUCUAAUCGUCAAUGGUGGAAUCGUUUCUGGUCUCUAAAAUUAACUAAGAAAGUCAAGAUUUUUGCAUGGCGUUUUAUUAAUGAUGCUCUCCCAACGACUGCCAAUUUGAUGCAUCCUGUAUGGAAGAUAUCAAAGUGCCAAGUUUUGAUGCCCAACAUAGGUAACCUUAAAGGGUAUGAUAUUUUUUCCUAUCUUGCUACUGUCAACAAAGAUGCUGAUUUGGAGAGAAUUAUAUGUAUUAUGUGGUGUAUUUGGUCUGAAAGAAAUAAGGAGAUUCAUGGUUCUAAGCCUAAGAUUGCGGAGGUGAUUUGUAGCUAUUUAGACUCAUAUCUUGCUCAAUAUCGCAAAGCUACUGCUGCUACCAUACCGUCCCAAACAACUGCUGCAAUAAAUUGCAAUAAUCAGUCGACUUCUUCUUCCUUCAAACAAACCAUUUCGAAAUGGCAGCCACCAGGAAAAGACAUGUACAAGUUGAAUAUAGAUGCUGCUAUUGAUUCAAAUGGUGCUAUCAUCGGUGUGGGCACUCUUAUUCGAACAGAUGAAGGUGUUGUUGUUGCAGGCCUCUCCAAAGCUCUCAAAGGCUGCUGCUCACCAAAGGAAAUGGAAGCCUUGGCCAUGUUUUACAGCUUGCAAUGGGCAUUGAUGCAUCAAUUUCCACUUCAUUUCAUUGAAUCCGAUUCUCUCUUAUUGAUUAAUGCUCUAAAUUGUCCAUCUUCUACUAAGUGUAUAACUCUUUUUCAUGAUUUGGUAGAGGAUAUUAAUUAUCUUACGUCCUUUUUUCCUAGAAUAAAGGUAUCUCAUGUUAAAGAGAUGCUAACCAAGCGGCCCAUGAUUUAG